AAAUAUAUAGAAACAGAUAGAUAUGAUUAAAUGCAGAUGCUAACGUGUCCCAGAAUAUCCAUCAUCGUGUUGACGCUGCAUCAAGUUGAUCGGAGAUGCACGAAACCGACCUGCACGAUUUAUCCGACGAUGCGGAUUACGCCGCCGCUUCUCUACAACAAGGUUCGGCAAGCAUGACUCGAAGUGAUAGUAGUAAGCAUAGUACAUCGAGCGAUCCGGAAGGCGCUGAAUUGGUAUAUUUGAAGGAUAAUGUCACAAUUCAUCCGACACAGUAUGCAUCCGAGAGGAUCAGUGGUAGAUUGAAGUUGAUUAAACAAGGAUCUUCUCUGUUUAUGUCGUGGUUUCCGUAUAAAGGUCAUAGCUCAAAUGCUAAGAUUUCCGAGAGAGAUAAAAACCUUUACACAAUAAGGGCGGUGGCUUUUACGGAGAUCAGAUCGGUUCGGAGGCACACACCUACUCUUGGCUGGCAAUAUAUUAUCGUUGUUUUAUCAUCAGGUCUUGCAUUUCCUCCUCUCUAUUUUUACAAUGGUGGGGUGCGUGAGUUUCUUGGUACUAUAAAGCAACAUGUGUCUCUUGUAAGGUCAGCAGAAGAUGCAAAUGUAUUCCUUGUUAACGAUUUUCAAGACCCUCUUCAGAGAACACUGUCUUCGUUAGAGCUUCCGAGAGCUGUUUCUAUUGCAAGUGGACAAGCACCAUCUGAUUCGACAAGUGUGUCCCCCUCGAGUAGAAACCAUGAGAAAACAAGUGAAAGUGUUUAUGAUGGCAGUUUGAGUAGUAUUCACCAAAAUGGUCGGCAGAGGCAGAAGACUCAUGAUCCUGCUCGGGAUCUUUCAAUUCAAGUGUUAGAAAAAUUCUCUCUUGUCACAAGAUUUGCUAGGGAAACAACUUCUCAGCUCUUUCGCGAAAAUAGUGAUGGCUUUGGUAUAAGUGAAAAGAGGAAUCAUAACCAGUCUUCACAUAAUUACUCUCAUGAAAUAGCGACAGAUAAUGUCAGGGUUCCUGCUGAAAUUCCUGUCCUCCCAGAUCCCUUGGAGGUUGAUAAAUUAACACUUGUGUGGGGAAAACCACGUCAGCCUCCCAUGGGUCUUGAAGAGUGGGAAUGUUUCUUGGACCCUGAAGGACGGGUACUAGAUGAAAAAGCUUUAAGAAAGAGAAUAUUUUAUGGGGGAGUGGAGCAUCCACUGCGGAAAGAGGUCUGGACAUUAUUGUUGGGAUACCAUGGACAUGAUUCAACUUAUGCAGAAAGGGAGUAUAUGAUGGCAGUCAAGAAAACAGAGUAUGAGACUAUUAAGUUGCAGUGGCAGAGCAUUUCAGCAGAGCAGGCAAAAAGAUUUACUAAAUUUAGAGAAAGGAAAGGUCUUAUCGACAAAGAUGUGGUAAGGACCGACAGGUCGCUAUCAUUUUACGAAGGAGAUGACAAUCCAAAUGUGAAUGUUCUUCGUGAUAUACUUCUGACAUACUCAUUCUACAAUUUUGAUCUUGGUUAUUGUCAGGGCAUGAGUGAUCUUCUAUCCCCAAUUUUGUAUAUUAUGCAAGAUGAAUCAGAAGCGUUUUGGUGUUUUGUUUCACUGAUGGAAAGGCUUGGGCCCAACUUUAAUCGUGAUCAAAAUGGCAUGCAUUCUCAACUGUUUGCUUUGUCAAAGCUUGUUGAAUUGUUAGACAGCCCUUUGCACAACUACUUCAAGCAAAAGGAUUGCUUAAACUAUUUCUUCUGUUUCCGUUGGGUUCUUAUACAAUUUAAAAGAGAAUUUGAAUACGAGGAGAUACUGCGACUGUGGGAGGUUUUAUGGACACAUUAUUUGAGUGAGCAUCUACACUUGUAUGUGUGCGUGGCGAUUCUUAAGAAAUAUCGAAGCAAAAUAAUGGGAGAACAAAUGGAUUUCGAUACAUUAUUGAAAUUUAUAAAUGAACUCAGUAGUCAAAUAGAACUUGAUCCUAUCCUGCGAGAUGCAGAGGCUUUGUGCAUUGUGGCAGGGGAGAAUGGUGCGGCUUCGAUCCCUCCAGGAACCCCACCUUCGUUGCCGAUUGAGGAUGGUUCCUUUUUACCUUACCAAGAUGAUGAUGAUGUUCUGUAAACAGUUCUCUUGUUGAAAGGGAAGAUGUUUAUAUAGCUUUUAAUUAUGAUGAUGUUUUAAUGCUGUGUAAAUGGUUUUUGGUAUCAGUCUAAAUAUCACUAAGCUCAAAUCCUUGUGAAAUGGAAUGGAUUUUGUUAUUCAA